CUGGCAUGCUGCAGUCCAUGGGGUUGCAAAGAGUCGGACACGACUGAGUGACUGAACUGAACUGUACAUAUUUGGGUCAUAGCCCUCUUGCCUUCUCCAAAUUCCUUUUUGCAGUUCUCUUCCAUAUCAUCAAUUUUUCCUUCUCUGCCAAUCAUCUCCAUCAGCAUACAGGUUCUGCAAAUGGUCAUCAAAAGAAACCAACAAACCUGGUUGAUUUAAGCAAAAGAGGACUUUCUUAAAAGGACACUGCAGGUGGAUCACUACCUCCUCAGCACUGCAUGCAGGAAUCUGUCACUAGCAUUGUAGCCAGUAUUGCCCACACAAACUUGAGCAUCCUACAACCACUGCUACACCAGAAAGUGCUUCUCCCACUCCCCACUUAUUCCCUCCCAGCUCCAGUCUCCAUCUAAGUGGGCACAUCUGAUUGGUGAAGCCUGUAUCAUGCCCACACUCUACCUGAUAGGGAGACUGGGAAGGAGUAUCUGACAUGUUCAGCAUCUACAAUAGACGGAGAACACUGCCUCCCACCAAAAGUCAUAAUUUAUAGUUUAGGGAAUUUCAGAAAUUUCCUUCAAUUAAAAGGAUUCAGAUGUUAUUGAAAGGUUAAAAAAAAAAAUCCCAUUUCUACCACACUCAUUUAUCUUUUUUCAAAGUUUAUUUUUUCCUUUCCCCCUUUUGGUGAAAUUAAAAAAGGUUGUCCACACUGGUCUUUAUUUCCUCAUAUCCUAUUCUACCCAAUCUAGCAUUGUUCUUCAAAAGCCAUCAUAUUCCCAAAUCCAGCAGACACUUCUCAGCUCACACAGUUUAACCUUGCAGUGUUAUUGGAUAUUCUCCCAGCUCCCAUGAUCUUAUGGUCUCUUGGAAUUUCACUUUUUUCCAAUUGCUUCAGCUCAGCUUCCUUUGCUGACUUUCCCUCUGCUCAAUCUCUGUAUAUUUGUUUUCAGAGCUCUAUCUCUUCCUCUCUAACUCCAUUCACUCCCUAAGCAUUCUUUCAAUUUCAAUUUUUUCCUGGCUUAAAAUUCUCAAAUCUGAUAAUUCUUGCCUUUAGAAAAAAAUCUACAGACCUGUUUGCUGAGCUCUAGAGUUUUGCAUCUGCAACUGCUUACUUUGUACUUCUCCAUGUAUGUCUAAUACAUAUUUUAAUUUUAAUAUGUCCAAAGAAAAUUCUUAAUUUCCCUCUCUAAGUUGGUUCCUUAUGAAGUCCCUCCAAUUAGGGCUUUAUCAUUCAUCUGGUGUUGAAGCCAAAAAUCUCAGAAUCAUCCUUGAUUUAUUUUUCUUAAACUCUCAUAUCCCAUUUAUCUACAAGUCCAUAUUUUCUACCGCCCAAAUUCAUUACAGCUCUCCAUUCCCUACAAGCACUCCCCUAGUCUAAGCCAUCAUCAUCUUUUGCUUAUUCCCAAAUUGACAUUUGAAUUGGCCCAUUUCUUCCUCUCCAUCCUCAAUUCAUAGCACCCUCUCCAGACCCCCACACAACUUUGCUCCAUUGAUCACCUUCCUGUUCUUCAAACAAGCCAAGCUCUUUGCCAUCCCAAGAUUUUGCAUUUUUCUUCUGCCUAGAAUGUCAGCAAUACUAAAUCCAUGCCAGCUUAUCCCAUUCUGACUCCACCUUAUCCUUCCAGAUCCCUUUUGAUUUUUACCUUCCCUAAACUAGCAGAAACUUGUCUUUUUGAUUCAUGUUUGUGUCCCAUGGGAUGUCUGAUACACAGUAGGCAUUCCAUAAAUAUUUGUUAAAUAACUGAAUUGAUAAUUAAGUGAAUGACUGAUGUCAUAUUCCAUUGAGAUUCCCUAACCUUUUCAUUCCUAUCCAAAUGACUCAUCUUUACUCAUUGGUGAUAGCUUGAUAACUAGUUAUCUAAGACAAGUUUUGUUCAUUUACUUUUGAUUCUGCCUGGGGUUAUUAAACAUUCUUUUAAUGAUAAUAAUAAUAAUGCCUUGAAAAUCUAGUAAGAAAACCAAAGAUUAUGAUGCUGAUAUACUCAGAAUAUCUCCUGGCUGAUGUGGGCAGUAAAUGAUGUUCACCCAUCAAUCAUUUUUCCACUUCCUGCAACUGAAUCUCCCUGGAGGAGUCAUCAGAUGCUCUCAAUCUUGAAGAUUGACAGGAAGUCCCUGCAGACACCAACUCUAUGCAACAUCAAGAGGGAUCCUUGACACUGAGAUUUAAAAGCCCCAUUCUCAGAACAAGAUUUAGAAAACUCACAGGCUAAGUUCUAGUUAUCGCAGCUUCUGGAAAGGUGCAGAACAUGAAGGGAUUCAAAAGUCUGGUGGUAAUGACCUUGACCCUCUUCCUGGUGUUUUCUUUCAUGGGAAAUUGCAACAGUGCUCCGCAGGUAAUCACAAGCAAAAAUUGGGGCUCCUCUAUGCGCUGGAGACUCUUUGAGAGAAGGAACUGGACUCCUCAAGCUAUGCUCUACCUGAAGGGUGCACGUAUGUUCCAAACACUUUGCUCUUCUGACAGUGGUAAAGGGAGAGCCUUAGGGGCGCAUGAAUCCGUGGGACAGAUGGAGACCUGCGGGGAGAGAAUACUAUCGAGAGGGGCGCCGCUUCCUUUCCGACCAGAGCCGGAGGAAGGACCUCUCCGACCGGCCGCCGCUGGAAAGACGAAGCCCAAAUUCCCAACAACUAACUCUUCCAGAGGCAGCAGCUGUACUAUUGGCUUUUUUGCAGAAACCACAAGAAGGUACAAGCAUAGUGAACUCUUUUACCUGCAGGACAGAGAAGCUUUGAGUGCUUUGGAGAUUCUGUGUUGACUGGAGAUGAAAACUUGGAUCAAACCAGAUUCCUAGAAGACAGUCUGCUAAACUGGUGAAAAUAUAACAGAUUCCAUUCAAUUAUAUUCUAUUCUUGUUGAAAACAUGAACCAUGUAAAUAAAGCCUGUGGACCCUUUUCCCUUCAUUUGUAAUCUUAGGAACAUGUGCAGCCAGUUUUAUUCUUCCAGAAGGUAAAGUGAUGCUGCGUUCUUAGAACGUCACUGCUUUCUCCAUGAUUUCAGGUCCUAUUUAGAUCACCUGGUGUCUUACUCUUGAAUUUAACCCAUUUAUAGUUAUUAGGUUGAAGACUCUUUAGAGUGUUCCUUCUUUUUGUUACAAUACCCAUCUUGAUUUAAUCAUUCUUAGUUGUGGUUUUUUUUUUUUUUUUUCCAUUUUAUUACCCACUUGCAUUGUCUUAGCACUCAACAGUGAAUCUCCUCUCCUUUCCCCCCUUUCUUCACCUCCAAGGAGAGAGAGGUGGGAAGCAUGGGAGGAUGAGAAAGAGUGAAAUGUGAUUGUUAGUAUCCAGGAGAGGUGAGUUGUCAGGAAGGGAACCAGGGGGGAUGACUGGGAAGAAGCCCUGUGAUCAGACACGACACUCUGGUUGCUGAGGGAGGGGGACCCUUGGUGAGGCAGGAGCCAGUGGAAGGUUCUACAGUGGGGUGCUCUCCCUGUGCUCUCUGGGGAUUUCUGUGAAUUCAGUUUAGAAACGAGGAUCUAAAAGUUACUGGAAAAUAAGAUGGAAACAUACUCCACUCCUGGAUAUAUUGUACAAAAGAAAUGAAUCAUUUUUUUUAGAGCCAUUUUCCUUGGCUAAGCAGAUUCAAAGAUUGCUUACUCUAACUGUCUAGAACUUUAGGCUUUAUUUGCCCCUGGAGGAGGAAACAGCAACCCACUCCAGUGUUCUUGCCUGAGAAAUCUCAAGGACAAAGGAGCUUGGCAGGCUGCAGUUCACAGGGUUGCAAAGAGUCAGACAUGACUGAGAGACCGAGCACGCACUAGACUUUAUUUGCAUUAAAACAUAACAUAAAGGCACUCCGAGAAUGUAAGUGCAUGAUACAAGGCCUAGUUUAUUCAGUUUUUAAAGUCAACUAUAAAGUCGACAGUUUUUCAGUACUGUCUGAAAAAUAAAAUAUGCACUACCUACAGCAAGCAUAUGGUAUUUAUUUGGAAUUACAGUAUGACCAGCAUGUCAAUUAUUUAUGACUUAAUUAAUUGAAAGUUGUUACUGAUAAUUGUCAUAAGUGGAAAGCAUUGUCAAUUCUUAUUAUCACCAGUAUAUAAGCUAUUAGUGAGUAGGUAAAGAAUAUCAUUAUAUGAAUGUCUCUGUAACUUGGAAUUACAGUUUUACUGUAUUAAGUAAACAAAACCCUAUAUGUAAGAUUUGUCUGUAUCUCAUUUCAUAAUUGAAUAAUGAAACUGUUUUCAAGUUAAUGUAACACGGAUCUCUGCCAAAAACUUAAUAUGCUAGCAUUAAAAAAUUCUUUGUGGCAUUAAAA